AACACUGGAAAGACCAGUUUCAGAGUCACUCUCCAGAAAUGAAACUUAAAGGUUGUGAAUAACAGCAGAACUGCAGUCAAGACUAAUUCCUCUCUUUGUGCCUGGGUUAAUUUUUUGUUCUUCAGCAACUGACUGAGACAGCGAGUUCAGAAAUGUCUUCUGGCAGCAACCUGCGGUCUCAGGAUCAGUUUCUGUGCUCCAUCUGUCUGGAUGUGUUCACUGAUCCAGUCACCACACCAUGUGGACACAACUUCUGCCAAACCUGCAUCACUCAGCACUGGGAGGUUAAUUUUCCCUUCAAGUGUCCUCUCUGCAAAGAGCUUUUCACCUCUAGACCUCAGCUGGGAGUCAACACCUUCAUCAGAGAAAUGGUUGCUCAGUUCAGACAUGAAGCCCAGCAGGAAGCCAGCAGCAGCAGCUCAGCUGCUAAACCAGGAGAAGUUCCCUGUGACGUCUGCACUGGAACCAAGCUGAAGGCCCUGAAGUCCUGCCUGGUGUGUCAGGUCUCCUACUGUCAGACUCACCUGGAGCCUCAUCUGACCACUCCAGGUCUGAAGAAACAUCAGCUGAUGGAGCCUGUGGAGAACCUGGAGGACAGGAUGUGUCUACAGCAUAAUAAACCUCUGGAGCUGUUCUGUAGGACCGACCAGACAUGUGUCUGCUCGCUCUGUUCUGUUCUAGACCACAAAAACCACAAGUUUGUUCCUCUGAGAGAAGAAUCUGAAGAAAAGAAGGCAGAGCUGAAGAAGACCGAGGCUGAAGUUCAGAAGAUGAUCCAGAGCAGACGAGUGAAGAUCCAGGAGAUCAAAGAGUCGAUGAAGAUCAGUAAAGAUGCUGCAGACAGAGAGAAAGCAGAAGGUGUUCAGUUCUUCACUGCUCUGAAGGAGGCUGCUGAGAGAGGCCUGGAGGAGCUCAUCAAGGAGAUCCAAGACAAACAGAAAACUGCAGAGAAACAGGCUGAAGACUUCAUCAAAGAUCUGGAGCAGGAAAUCUCUGAGCUGAUGAAGAGGAGCUCUGAGGUGAAGCAGCUCUCACAGUCUGAAGACCACCUCCACCUCCUCCAAAGCUUCUCCUCCCUGAAAGCUGCUCCACCCACCAAGAACUGGACAGAGAUCAGAGUUCAUCCUCCAUCAUAUGAGGGGACUGUGGUGAGAGCUGCUGCUCAGCUGGAGCAGAAGCUCUGGGAGAAGAUGAAGAAGCUGCUGGAUUUGAAUAGGGUCCAGCAGUGUGCAGUGGAUGUGACUCUAGAUCCUCAUACAGCCAAUCCCUGGCUCAUCCUGUCUGAUGAUGGAAAACAGGUUCAUUGUGGGAAUAAAAGAAAGAAGCUUCCAGACAACCCAGAGAGAUUUUCUCACUGUAUUAAUGUUUUAGGACAGCAGAGUUUCUCUUCAGGAAGAUUUUACUUUGAGGUUCAGGUUAAAGGAAAAACUGACUGGGAUUUAGGAGUGUCCAGAGAGUCCAUCAACAGGAAGGGAGACAUCACUCUGAGUCCUCAGGAUGGUUUCUGGACUGUUGGGUUAAGAAAUAGAAAUGAGUACCUAGCUAGUGCUGGACCUCCAGUCUGUCUCCAUGUCCAGCCUGGUCCUGAGAAGGUGGGGGUGUUUGUGGAUUAUAAGGAGGGUCUGGUCUCCUUUUAUAAUGUAAAUGCUGCAGCUCUGAUCUACUCCUUUACUGGCUGCAGCUUCACCGAGAAGCUCUACCCAUUCUUCAGUCCCUGUUUAAAUGAUGGAGGUCAAAACUCUGCUCCUCUGAUCAUCUGUACUGUGAAUCAGCCUGAUCGAUGCUCUUAUAAUUCUUCAAGACUGAAUCUGUUGGUGAAGAACCGCCAGUCUAAGAGACGUUAAGGUGAAGUCCUUGUGGUGGAGAGAUGAGCUUGAAAAUGUGUAAAAUUUUCAGCUUCUCCCUUCAGCUUUCUAACACGAUAAGUUCAUUAUUUCUUUUUAAACAACUUCUGUUUUACAGUCAUUCAGUCCUAAAAAAAGAAGGGAAGGGGGCCAGCCCAUCACAGAGCAGCAUAGUUAACCCAACAUGGAUGUUCUUUGGAGUGGGAGGAAGCCAGAGUUCCAUACUCUGACUGGUAAAGCAUGCUAACUCCAUCUAGACAGACCCUAGGCUGGGAAAGUUAAACAAAGAAACUUCAUACUGCACAGCCACAGUGCUGCCAUCUGCUCCAUCCUGCAGCCUACCAGCAAUUCUUCCCAACUUCUUGUCUAAACCCACUUCUGUCUGCGAAGCCAGGGAGAGACUAUUUUGCAAGUCUUUUAUGAUGAGAAAAUAUUUUUUUAUAGGCAUCGAAGCCAUCAAACCCAGUGUAAGAGGAGUUAAUAUUAAUUUUAUUAGGAAAACGAGAAAGGUGAUCAGGAUAUUUUACCAUUAGAGUUUAGCUCCUACCUGUAUGAAUGAGGAUCCGUCCAUUAUUCAGUUUCUGUGAUUGACCCUAUUGUAAUUUUCAUGGUUUUAUUCAUUUACUUAGAAUUAUUUUACUUGUAUAUUUAUAUCCAUCCAUCCAUUUUCUGAUCUGCUUAAUCCC